AUGUCAAAUUUAAAGGCAUCUCAUCUCAUCUUUUCCCCUCUUUCUGUACCUGAAUUAUCUCUUUACAGAGAAGGAUUUUCUUUUAUUUUUGUUGUUGAAUCUUCGGUUUUGAGAUCUAAAGAGAUAAGAUUCAAGGGAGUGAGAAAACGACCUUGGGGAAAAUUUGCUGAUGAGAUCAGAGACCCGCAGAAGAAAGUCCGUGACUGGCUCAGCACCUUUGAUUCUGCUGUUGAAGCUACCCAGGCCUAUGACGCUGCUGCCCUCACCCUCCAUGGACCUAAAGCCAAGACAAAAUCCCCCUGCCCCUAG